GCUUGUUCAUAGAAGUGGGGGCGGCGAAGGCUUCGUGGCCCCGAGGAAACUACAGGCGGGGAGGGUGGGGGCUCCUGUGGACUCUCGCUGUGUUUGGGAGCCUUGGGUCCUAAGGUCAGAGGUCAGGUUCCACCCCACCCCCUGCCUCACACUUAGCCCUAGAAGUUUCUAGCAGGUGGAAGCAGGGCUCUAAGACACUAAGGCCAGUAAGCGCUAGGCCUGGAUGAAGGGGGAACUUAGAGUUGGACAAGAGUUAUGUGGGAAGGGGAGAGAACUGCGAAUAGUGGUAGUGAUCGAGGGCCACUAGCAAUGAGCUGGGCUCUGGACGGAGCUGUGUAUGUGCUAGAAAUACAUCAGGAGGCAAAACUAGGGUAGAACUUGGCCAGACUGGGAAAGUAAAAUUCUGUUGCCGUUUAAGACACCUGUUCUCCAAUCCUGGAGUCCUGUUGAUGAAAGAGUCUGUUUAACUUUGCUCUGUUGAGUGUUCACAUGCCGUUCAUAUGUCGCUCUGCACAGCUCAUCAACCAGAAAAUUUAUAGUUAGCUACAAAGAAGACCAAGUCAGUGCAGAUGGCUUAAUUAACACAAGUCUGUUUCCCCACUGGAGGGCAGGGGGACAGCACACAAACAACACAAAGCGCAAGAGAGUAUACACUGCUGCUAAGGGUGAUCAUUUAUUGACUUAGCAGAUGCAUCCAGCACCUCCUCUGCGUUGCUAAUACUGUGGGUUAUACAGAUACAAAGUUGUCACUCUCAAGGGGCUGAUAGUCUGAGGUAAGGGGAAAGGUAGCUUCACACCUUGGUUGUUUAAAGAAAGAACGUGAUUAAGCCCCAGAGAGUCAAGCUUUUUUUGGUUAAUUGGGGAAUUUUUUUCUCUCAUGGUGGUCAAAUUUACUCGCAUAUGAAAUGGGGAAGAAUGGAUCUGAGCUGUGAUUACUGUGGCAUGGAUUAAGUGACAGCUCUGAUAUGCUCUUCACCUGAGAGGGUCUUUAUGACAGGAAGUGGUAAACAUGGUAAGGAGUUAGAACUUUUUGAGUGACAGAAGGUGGGAGACUGAGUGCCAUGAAAGGGGAAAAAAAGAUGAUGACUCCAUCUUUUGGAGGGUCCGUGAUGGCUUUUUAGUCGGUUUGGUGUUGAAUGAAUGAACUGAUCUAUUUCCUCCCAUAGGUGUGGGCACGGGCAGUUCCUCUCUGUGGAAUCUGAUGGGCAAUGCCAUGGUGAUGACACAGUAUAUCCGCCUGACCCCAGAUAUGCAAAGUAAACAGGGUGCCCUGUGGAACCGGGUGCUACAUUGUCUUCCUUGAGGUAUGGCGGCAAGAAGUGAAUGCAGUAUUCCUGGUGUGGCUGCACUGUGAUUUUGUACAAGUCCUUGUUUCCUGAGAGACUGGGAGUUGCAGGUGCACUUCAGAAUCCACGGACAAGGGAAGAAGAAUCUGCAUGGGGAUGGCUUGGCGAUCUGGUACACAAAGGAUCGGAUGCAGCCAGGGCCCGUGUUUGGAAACAUGGACAAAUUUGUGGGGCUGGGAGUAUUUGUAGACACCUAUCCCAAUGAGGAGAAGCAGCAAGAGGCCCAGAAGAGGCGAUAUUCUCCAGGAGUCCAGCGGGUGUUCCCCUACAUCUCAGCCAUGGUGAACAAUGGCUCCCUCAGCUAUGAUCAUGAACGGGACGGGCGGCCUACAGAGCUGGGGGGCUGUACAGCCAUUGUCCGCAAUCUCCAUUAUGACACCUUCCUUGUGAUCCGAUAUGUCAAGAGGCAUUUGACGAUAAUGAUGGACAUCGACGGCAAGCAUGAGUGGAGGGACUGCAUAGAGGUGCCCGGGGUCCGUCUGCCCCGGGGCUACUAUUUUGGCACCUCCUCCAUCACUGGGGAUCUCUCGGACAACCAUGACGUCAUUUCCCUGAAGCUGUUUGAACUGACAGUGGAGAGAACACCGGAAGAGGAGAAGCUGCACCGGGAUGUGUUCCUGCCCUCGGUGGACAACAUGAAACUGCCUGAGAUGACAGCACCACUGCCACCCCUGAGUGGCCUGGCUCUUUUCCUCAUCGUCUUUUUCUCUUUGGUGUUUUCUGUAUUUGCCAUUGUCAUCGGGAUCAUACUGUACAACAAGUGGCAGGAACAGAGCCGAAAACGCUUCUACUGAGCCCUCCUGCAACCAUGACCUCUGUGAUUGUCACCCAGGAGGUGUUGGAGCAGCAGGUGCUGCCCUGAUCACACAGCCUGGCAGGGCUCUUCUCCCAUCUUGAGCUGCUGGUCUGGGACUCAGUUCUGUCACUGGAGCUUUAAGUGCAAGGAUACUGUUCCCAUGAUCACCGUGAAGACAUCUAACUCUGGAUCAGGAAGCACACCCACCCACCCAGGCGACACUGCUGUGAUGUGCCUUUCCUUCAGUCCUGCCUCUUGGGAGUGAAGAGGGACAGAGAGAACAUGGGCUGUCUUGAUGCCAGAAACACAGAAAAGAGUUUCCUAGCCCAGGCUGCCUUGUUGCUGGACUCAGAGAACCCUGUCCUUCAUUUUUAAAUCUGCAAAGACUAGAAAACUGACAGCUCCUUGUACCUUCCAGCCAUCUAUCCACUGGUUUUUGCUUUUUGUCUGAGUCUCUGGCCACUUGAGGAGCUUGCUUUGGAAAUCUGGAUGGAAGUUUUUUCCCUGCUUCAUCUUCCUCUCUCUCUGUUCACUGUGUUCUCUGUAAUGCAGCCGAGCUGGAGAAGACACUUGGAUGCCUUUGCUGGGGCCUCGGGUGCAGGAUGAACUUUAGUUUCACUGAUCCCUGUUAGGUGGCUGUGGGGAGAGGCCAUUCUGCUGUGGCUCACUGCUCCAGCCUGGAUCUUGGUUCUCUUGGCGUGUUCAUGACCUUCCUAAUUAGGUCCUUCAGGCCCUCCGUCAGGUUCGGCUGAAAGCUGGUGUGCAAGUCACGGGAAGCUUGGGAGAUGUCAUGGAUGCUGUGGGAAUCACUGUGACACUGUUCCACAUUCUGACACCAAAAGCAGCACCUGCCAUGUGAUCUGACCACAUGGAGAUGUUUCUGGACUCUCUGGAGCCUGCUUAGCCACCUGCAUGUUUUGCGUUCAUCAUGAUUUUUGGAAUCCCACAAGAGUGUUCAAAAUGUAAGCAAGCUUUCUUUUAUAACCUCGGUCUGGAUACUUCAGAAGGAAAUCUGUCUUCUCUUUCUUAAUGGAUAAGAAAUAGUUGUUGAGAGUCUGGGAGCAAUGGACCCUCGUCACCUGUGCCUGGAAAAGUUGGUUGUCGUUGAGCAGCAGGGCCCAAGUGUCCUCCUCUGUGGGUCAACCCUGAUUCCACUGCCUUACUUGAUGAGUCACGUGCUGCUCGCCUGUCUGCCCUGUGAUCCAACCACUAACAGGACAGAGUCUCCUUCGAGGGCCUGAGUGCCGAGCUCUACUAGCCAUGUGCUUCUGUAGCCCCAGGGAGAUUAGUAAAAUGGCUGGUGGAAACCA